GGAUUUAUAUCUUAUGGGAGUGGCUAGUAAAUCUGGGUGUGGCUAUUUCAAAAUGGCGUCUUUUGGAAAGGUUAUUAGAAAAAACUCUCUAAAUGCCUUCUCUCGUGUUGUAUUGAGGAGAGACUUCACUCGUGGAAGGCAUUCACUAGGGCUAGUGUAUGGGGAGUAUGGGGACCCUGGAACUGUUUUAAAAUUAGAAGAGAUACCAGUAGCUGAAGAUUUAAAAGAUGAUGAGAUUGAAGUCGACAUGUUAUGUGCUCCAGUCAACCCAUCGGAUAUGAAUCAAAUACAAGGUACUUAUCCGUUCAAGUCCGAGCUACCGGCAGUCGGUGGAAAUGAAGGAGUGGGUUUGGUCAGGAGGUGUGGCCUAAGAGUAACUGGAAUGAAAGAAGGUGACUGGGUGAUACCAAUACUACCAGGAGUAGGAACAUGGCGGUCUACACUGAUAUCAAAUUGUAAUAAAUUUUUAAAGGUAUCUUCAUCAACUGGACUGGAUUUUGCUGCUACUCUUCAAGUGAACCCGCCCACUGCCUAUCGAAUGUUAAAGGACUUUGUGUCGCUCCAGCCUGGGGACACUCUCAUUCAAAAUGGAGCCAACAGCGGAGUAGGACAGGCAGUGAUACAGUUAGCAGCUGCCUGGGAUAUUAGCACCAUUAAUGUAGUGAGAACAAGACCUGAUUCAUCAGAUUUUGAUGUCAUUAAUUAUUUGAAAGAACUCGGUGCUACUGAAGUAGUCACUGAAGAAUUUCUACACUCACACAAAAUGAAAGAACUCAUCAAAGGUUAUUCAAGGCCAGCUCUUGGUCUAAAUUGUGUGGGCGGAGACAGCUCCACUGGUGUUGCUAAAUUGCUGAAAGAGAAAGGAACUUUGAUUACGUACGGCGGAAUGUCAAGGAAACCUGUUACCAUAGCAACGAGCCUCUUCAUCUUUAAACAAUUGACUUGUAUUGGAUACUGGAAUGGACUCUGGCUAACCAAUAACAUUACUAAUAACCGGGCACUGAUUGAAGACAUGUUUCAUGAUUUGUGUACUUUGGGAGAGAAGGGCCUCCUCAGGGCUCCAAGAUCAACAAAACACGAACUAAUUAAUUAUAAAAAUGCAAUUAACGAGUCUAUGAAACCUUUUGUAUCCAGUAAACAAUUACUGAUGAUUAAGAAUUAAUUAA